CGUCGCGUAGCGUUAGCCUUACGCAGUCCGUGACAGCCAAGGAGAGGGAGAGGACCUUUUAUCAGCAGGCAGGAAUAUGAUCAAGAUUGUAGCACCAAACAUGUCCCUGUUUGUAUUGCAUGCGUUAUUGAUGGUGACUGCCUCUCUGCCUGCUGCUUGGUCUCUACCAGGACCUCCAGACCUCGCCAACUUGAUGGCUACGAUGCACGAUAGACCAUUCAGAUCUUUAGCAGACCUGAAAGCAUAUACAGAUGGCAUUCUGGACGUCGCAAACCUUCAGAUAAGCAAAGCAUUUUCCGUAGAAACUCGCAGAUAUAAACGAGACCUUGACGUCACUUCCAUGAAGGUAAACAGAACGGAGACAAUGACGCUUCGUUUCUCUUCUCUCCUUCAAGAGGUCUCAGCAUUGCAGGUUCUGGCUGCGCAAGACAAAGACUACUGGGUGUUAGGGUAUCACAGCCAUCAUGACCUUAUGGUGCUCGAGGUAUCCAGAAACGAAAGUGGAGUUCACCAACUAGUAGACUCCGAGUUACAUAUUUUCGGUGGUGUCGACAAAAUUGCAGCUUUACUGCCUUCACCCUUCAUGGGGACUUAG